AUGAAGCUCGUCAGGUUCUUGAUGAAAUGCGCGAACGAGACAGUGACGAUCGAACUCAAAAAUGGCACAAUCAUCCACGGUACCAUAACAUCGGUCUCUCCCCAGAUGAACACAGCGCUCCGCACAGUAAAGAUGACACAACGUGGUCGCGACCCAAUUGCCCUGGACACAAUCAACCUCCGAGGUUCGACAAUCAGAUACUACAUCCUACCAGAUUCACUGCCUUUAGACACGCUGUUAAUCGACGAUGCGCCCAAACCAAAGAACAAGGCUAGAAAGGAGGCGGCAGAUAGAGGUGCGCCUGUUCGAGGACGUGGGGGACGUGGUGGACCGAGAGGAGGUGGUGGUGGAAGAGGCAGAGGUGGAGGACGCGGACGGGGCGGUGGUAGGGGAUUUUAG